GUGCCUUGCCGUUCAUAGGUGACGAUGGAAAUCAGUGGCUUGCCACUGGAAUUGUGGCGCCUGAUAUUGUCCUACUUGCGCCUUCCUGACCUUGGCCGCUGCAGCUUGGUGUGCAGAGCGUGGUAUGAGCUCAUCCUCAGCCUGGACAACACCCGGUGGAGGCAGCUUUGCCUCUGCUGCAUCGAGUGCCGGCACCCAAAUUGGCCCAACCAGCCCGACGUGGAGCCCUGGUCAUGGAGAGAAGCCUUCAAGCAGCAUUACCUCGCUUCGAAAACCUGGACCAAGAACAGCCAGGACCUCGAAUCCUCCAACUGCUUCUACCUGUUCAGAAGGAAGAAGGACCGGCGCGUCCUUUGCGUGGGUCCCGGCUGCGAGUUUGACAAUCUCCGGAGCGCCUUGCUUUCAGCGGGUGUUUAUGACCGGAUCGUCCUGUUGCCUGGAGUGUAUGAAGAGCAGAGCGAAAUCUUCCUUAAGGCCCCUGUGGAAAUUAUGGGAAGGGGGAAACUAGGAGACGUAGCUCUCCUGGUGAGCUUCGACCAGCACUGUCCAACCAUGAGGUUAUGCAAUUUGGUCUUCAUGCCAGCCUGGUUCACGCCCAUCAUAUAUAAGACAACCUCGGGCCACGUCCAGUUCGACAACUGCAACUUUGAGAACGGACAGCUUCAGAUCCAUGCCCCGGGCACUUGCCAAGUUAAAUUCUGCACUUUCAACCAGUCCACCAUCAAUUUCCACAGCGUAGCCAUCUGCCUCCUGGAAAACUGUGAGUUUGUGGGCAGCGAAAACGCCUCGGUGACAGUGGAUGGCUGCCCAUCUGUGGACAGGAACUGGGCCUGUAAGCAUUUGAGCACACUGGCCAAAUCCUGCUCUGCUUCGCUACAGGUGCCGGAGCCACAGACGCAGUGCAGCGCAUCGAAGCUGGAGAGCCGGGGGCCUCUGCUGACAAGCAUACGGACCUGUGAAAUUGUGGUGGGUGGGGACCCUGGCAACGCGCUGCCUGCUUCGCACCCUCCAGCAAUGCCAAAGAAAGGGUGCGAGAAAGGGUGCGACGUCACUGGGCACCUCCACGGGGCCAACAAGGAGGAGGCCGCGACAAUGGAGACGGAUUCUAGCGACAGCGAACUGAGCAUGAGCAGCGAGAACGAGGACGACGAGGAGUCGAUGUGCCGGCUGCCUUACCAGGCCCACAGCCUGAGCCACAUGCUGGCCAAAGUGAUUGACGGCAGGCCGCAGGCCGAUGGCUUGGCGGCGCUUCCGAGUGACUAUGAGCUGAAAACUCUGCAGCAGGAGCUUCAGAAAGACAAGGAGGCGCAGUCUCUUGCCAACGCCAUGCAAGGAUGCCUCGUUCGGAAGUGCCUCUUCAGGGAUGGGAAAGGCGGCGUCUUUGUUUGCUCCCAGGGGCAAGCAAGAGUGGAAGGCAGCAUCUUCCGGGACUUGACCUAUGCCGUGCGAUGCAUACAAAACAGUAAGAUCGUCAUGCUGAAGAAUGACAUUCACCACUGCAAGACCUCGGGGAUAUUCCUGCGCCUCGGGGCGGGAGGCUUAAUUGCAGAAAACAACAUCCAUUCCAACUGUGAAGCUGGCGUGGACAUUCGGAAGGGAGCCAACCCUCUGAUCCUGUGUAAUAGGAUCCACGGCGGCCUUCGCUCCGGCAUCGUUGUCCUUGGCAACGGGAAAGGCAUCAUCCGUAGCAAUCAAAUAUAUGGAAAUAAAGAGGCUGGCAUUUACAUCCUGUAUAACGGCAACCCUCUGGUGAGUGGGAACCACAUCUUCCAAGGCCUUGCUGCUGGCAUCGCUGUGAAUGAGAACGGAAGAGGCCAAAUAACAGAAAAUGUCAUCCGGGAGAACCAGUGGGGAGGUACAGACAUCCGUCGUGGAGGUGACCCUGUUCUCAGAAGUAACCUGAUCUGCUGUGGCUAUUCAGAUGGCGUGGUGGUCGGGGAGCGUGGGAAAGGACUCAUAGAAGGAAACACCAUUUAUGGGAACAAGGGCUGUGGUGUCUGGAUAAUGUCCUCUAGCCUCCCGCACAUCACAAACAACCAAAUCGGUCACAACAGCAUCUAUGGGAUUGCGGUGUUUUGCCGCAAAGAUGAUGCUAAUGACUACCUCGCCAACCAAGGGGGCAAUGAGAACUUCAAUGACGAAGGAGAAGCUGCCAACUGGGAGAAUGACCUGGAGAGUGAGGAUGAACGCUUGGCUACCCGCAGGCCGAUCAGUGUGGCUCUCGUGGAGUCGAACAACAUCAACCACAAUGGAGCUGCUGGUUUGUACAUCAAGAGCAGCGAAGCCCUGAACAUCAUCGGAAAUGCCAUUCAUGCCAACCACGACUGCGGGGUCUCCAUUUUCCAAAGCUCGCAGCUCACGAGAAUCGCAAACAACAGCAUCUCUUGCAAUAGCCUCGGGGGAGUCGUGGUGGAAGCAGAGUGCCGGGUGGAGCUCCGUGGGAAUGGCAUUUACGACAACAGCAGCUACGGGGUGGCCUCCAAGGGCGACGGGAUCGUCACCGAGAAUGACAUUUUGGGCAACCAGGGCUGUGGCCUCAAGCUGUUGCAGGCAGCCGAUAUGAAGGUAACCAAGAACAGAAUCCACUCCUUUCGAGGUUACGCGAUUGAGAUGCUUGACCAGACCAAGGCUUUGGUGCAAGACAAUGUGAUUUUCCAAGGGAAGUCCAAAAAGAGCAUUUUGCAUCAGGCAUCCAACACGGAAGCCUGUGUCGUUCAAAGCAACAAGCUCCUGGCAUUCAAGAAAAGGUCGGACGUUGCCUGGACCCUGGAGAACCCCCCAGCGCGGCCUCACAUCGAAGGAGCCUCCCGAGGUGUAUCAACAGCUGGGAAUAGUCAAAAAGUCUCGAACAUGACAGCCAGGAUAGCGGCUAGAGUGGAUGGGGGCUGCCAUAACAACGGGAGCAUCUUUUGUACAAUUGUGUGAUCCUGGCCUUCCUCAGGGGCCGCCCUGGAAAGUCCC